AAGUAGAACGUGCUCGAUUAACCGCUGCGCCACUGGACCAGCCCCGUACAUGAAGGGCCUUUAAGCAACUAAAUCUUCCUCACGCCUGCCUCUGCCUUUCCAUUGUUUUAUCACCUUGACAAUCCAGCUGUAGGGGGGAAAGUCCAAACUCUCUCCUAGGGACAAGAGAGAUGAAGACAGGGUUCUGGGCUUCAUUUUUCAAAAAAGUCAGAUAAGAAAAUGGAAGAUGAAUUUGGUCUUUUAAACAAAACUAUGGCGAAACUUUGCUUCCCUUAUUUUGGCAGUGGUGCUGGCCGCAUUUAGGAGGAAUUGGAGAGAUUCAGGAAGGGUGGUGACCCCACAUCAUCUUCUUCAGAAUUUCUUGGGAACACAACAUAAGACCCAGAAACCAUAAAUAUUUUGAAAACAUAAAAAUUAAACAUUUCUGCAUGGCAGAAAUACUAUGAACAAAAUUAAAAGACAAGCAUCCAACUGGAAAAAAAUAAUUCCAAAUAGACAACCAAAAAACUAUUUUCCUUAUUAUACAAAGAGCUCUUCUCGGUUACUAAGAAAAUAAUGAGUUUUUUUAAAGGCAGAAGACACUUAUAGAAAAGUCACAGGAAAAGGAAUUCAAAACCCCAGCCAAAAAUUCAAAAUGUCUAACCUUGCUCAAAAGAAAGAAACCAAGUUUAAAAAAUGAGAUACCACUUUGACCUAGAAGGCUGGCAAAGAUUAAUUGCUACAUAGCAUGGACUCUGGUGACAGCGAGACUCACCUGUUGGUUUGUGUGGAAACUGGUGAGAACUUUUAGGAAGAUAAUUUGGCAACAUCUUCCAAAUUAAAAAUACAUAACCUUAGAACUAGUGAUUCUGACCCUUUUCUUGGAAUGUGUUCGUUAACAACCUGCACUGUCUUUAUAAAAUAAGAAUACCCAAGAAACAUUAAUAGUGGUUACUUUCAGGAUGUGGAGAAGAAAAAGAGAUGUUGGCUUUUGAUUUUUUUCCACUUUUGUACUCGAUUCAACUUUUAAAGAUCAAAUGUUUGUAUUUUUUUAUUUUUAAAAAGUUAAAAUUGUUUUCCUGACAUGUAAGUAUGCUUAACAAUAAAAGAAUCUUCCCUCUGAUCUGACAGUCUCAUAUAUAAAUCCCAUGGUUGACACUCAAACAUUUUGUUCAACAAAUGAACCAUCAGUGAGCAAAUGCAAUGUGAGAUGUUUACUUAAUACAUUGCCUCAGAACAAACUAUGAUAUUUAACAGAAUGAUCUUUCUGGACCUUGCUGGGUCCUCUGCCACGUGGCUUGUACUUUAAGAAACCUGCUACAGGCAUACUUUCCUGCCUCAGAGCCUUGCUCCUGCCCAUCCAGUCUGACUGUCCCAGGUCCACAGUGAUCCUCCUUCACGCUCCAUCACACACUCAGACACUCUCUGCUCUGGGCUUCUGGAAUGUCCUGGAAGGUUCACAGUGGAGGCAGGACUUGAGCCAGGAGUAGGAGUAGGUAGGGAUUGGAGGGGCUGAGAAGAACUGGGAGAGGAGCUACAUUGUCAAACAAAGGAAUAAUAACAGUGACGAGAGCAGUCAUUUAUUGACGGCUUACUGUGUGCCUAUAUAUUCACAUAUAACGUGUCCUGUAUUUCGUGUAAGCCUCACGACCCCUGGGAGAAGUCAGCAUUAUGAGCCCUGUCCUGCAGGUGAGUUGCCAUGCUCAGAGAGGCCACACAGAUAGUGCAGCAGCUGAGCUGGAAUUCAAGACAAAGCCUGCCGACCCAUCUCUAAGGUCCAGCUCUUAACCGCUGCUCUGUGAGGGUUUCUCAGGCUUGGUGUGGAGCUGGACAGUAGGCGUGGGACCUGUUCACUGUCCCAAGGGGUCACCUCGGGAUUUAGCUCCAAAAGUCAUAAUGCUGGGCCUGCCUCAGAGAUUUUGAACUCUGGAAGGAAUAUAGUUCCUGGCUGUAGUAGUUGUGAUCAUGUGUAUUUGUGGAGGGGGAUGCUGGCGAGAAGAGAUGCAGAGAAACGUCUGUUCUGUCAGAGCCUGAAGAGAAAGCACAAGUUGACAUUCCUUCCUGGGAACAGAAUUAUCAACUGUAAAUAUUUGUGGUUUCCCUCAGUCCAUCGGAAAAUACUGCCAAACCACCCUUCUUGAUGGAGCUGCGCCCCUCCGGUGAAUCCAGCUGGGCUGCCCUUGAAUCAUACCAUCGAGGGGCAGCCUCAGCCGCCUCAAACCCUCGUGGUCGCCAGUUCAGCGGAUUGCAUGUGUCCUGUCUGCAGAGUGCUGAUGCAGGCAGUUCAUCUUUGAUUUUCCUUUUCAUUCCCCAUGAUAACCAGCACAUAGCUUUUUCUGCAGUCUGGCUGAGGUCCCACUACCGGGGGAGGCUCAGAACUAGAGUGCCUGGAAAAGUUGCCCAUGGCCGUGAGGUGGGCAGAAUCACCCUAGGUGGGGUUGAGAUUGCCCCAGCUAUCUAACAACUGUAGCUAUUGGGAGAGGGGGGCUCCAGAUGCUGGGGAGGGAAUGGAAAAUUAGUACCCCUGAGGAGGAAUGCUGAAGUCGCUGGAACAGAUUCCAAUGGCUUUUCUUGGACUGUUUCUGCAGUCUCCCCUGGCGAUGUUGAUUUUACUUUUCAGUCCAUGAAGCAUCUCUAACACUGAGAGACUGAACCGUGGGCGUCAGGCAGUGUUUGCUAAGAGCCUGGAUGGAAAGUUUCUAGUACUUAUUGAGUGUGUCCUAAGUUCUUGGCACUGAUGAGUGCUUGAGGCCCAUUGUCUCAUUUUUCCCCUCACAACAAGCACAUGAAGUAUGACUUCCUUGUUUUAGAGAUGAGGCAUCUGGGGCUGAGAGGCUCAGGAACUUGCCAUGAGCAAAAAGUGGCUGGAGUUCUGACGUAGGUAAUAGGAGCUUCAGAGCCAGUCUCUGUAUAUUGGUACUACCAGACCGUGACUAUGUGGAGGCAAGUCCCUGGGGAAUCUAGGGUGGAUGAUGUCCACCCCAAGUUGCCCCUCUGAAGUGUAGAGGCUGUGGGUAGUGUCCUUAGAGAGCCGGGCAGAGGUAGCUUUUCUUAGGGCCGAAGAGUUAUUGCUGCUAAGGGAACCUGGGCCCAGAAUAAACCCUCACUGGUUCAUUUAGUCAGAGCAUUUCCCUGACCCUACUAGCUAUUCUGCCGUACUUCAGUGGCAAUCUCCCAUCAGGAAAGGGGCUGAGUGUUGACAAACAUGCCGGUAAGUGAAUCCCCCAGGAAAUAACCCUGUAUCCUUUGAGAAGGUGUGCAGCAAGGCAGUGGAAGACUGAUAGAACCAUUACUGAUGGAGCCAUUACUGGUUGAAGAGGCUGCCAAGGGGGUGAGCCCACCUCCUCCCCCAGCCCUUGCCUGCCCCGUCAGCCCCCAGCCCUAGCUUUGGCCUCUGCGCCUCUUCAGCACUUUCAUUCUAUGCCAUACAAUGGAGCACAUCCCUUCAGCUAGCUGUAUUAUUGUCUAGAAUCUGGAUGUUUCCUGUCUGCACUGCUUGUUUCCUGGAGGGAAGGGACUGUGCUGUCCUGGUGACACCUGAAGAUCUUGCCCUACAUGUGUCUGUGGAGUCUCCCUUUCGACCCAGCUCUGUGACUUGUCCAAGUGGGACAGUGGAGUGGCCUGACUCUUGUCUUAAUACUCUUGGAACAUGGAGAGUUCCUGGCUCUGGACCUUGGAGGGACCAACUUCCGUGUGCUUCGGGUGAGAGUAACGGACAACGGGCUUCAGAAGGUCGAGAUGGAGAACCAGAUCUAUGCCAUCCCUGAGGACAUCAUGCAAGGCAGUGGCACCCAGCUGUUUGACCACAUUGCCGGAUGCCUGGCCAACUUCAUGGAUAAGCUACAAAUCAAAGACAAGAAGCUCCCCUUGGGUUUUACCUUCUCGUUCCCCUGCAUCCAAACGAAACUGGACGAGAGUUUCCUAGUCUCUUGGACCAAGGGGUUCAAGUCUAGGGGUGUAGAAGGGAGAGAUGUGGUAACUCUGAUCCGGAAGGCCAUCCAGAGGAGAGGGGACUUUGAUAUUGAUAUUGUGGCCAUGGUGAAUGACACAGUUGCGACCAUGAUGACCUGUGGCUAUGAUGACCAGAACUGCGAGAUUGGUCUCAUUGUGGGCAUGGGCAGCAAUGCCUGCUACAUGGAAGAGAUGCGCUACAUCGACACGGUGGAGGGCGACGAGGGGCGGAUGUGUAUCAACAUGGAGUGGGGGGCCUUUGGGGACGAUGGCACACUCGACGACAUCCGCACUGAGUUUGACCAGGAGAUCGACAUGGGCUCCCUGAACCCUGGGCAGCAACUAUUUGAGAAGAUGAUCAGUGGGAUGUACAUGGGGGAACUGGUGAGGCUCAUCCUGGUGAAGAUGGCCAAGGAGGAGCUGCUUUUCAGGGGGAAGCUCAGUCCAGAACUCCUCACCACGGGCCGCUUUGAGACCAAAGACGUUUCAGAAAUUGAAGGGGAGAAGGAUGGCAUCCAGAAGGCCCGCGAGGUCCUGGUGCGGCUGGGCAUGGACCCGACACAGGAGGACUGCGUGGCCACUCACCGGAUCUGCCAGAUCGUGUCCACGCGCUCAGCCAGCCUGUGCGCAGCCACCCUGGCGGCUGUGCUGCAGCGGAUCAAGGAGAACAAGGGCGAGGAGCGGCUGCGCUCCACCAUUGGGGUUGAUGGCUCCGUCUACAAGAAACACCCUCAUUUUGCUAAGCGUCUGCAGAAGACUGUGCGGCGCCUGGUGCCCAACUGUGACAUCCGCUUCCUCUGCUCCGAGGAUGGCAGUGGCAAGGGGGCAGCCAUGGUGACGGCAGUGGCCUACCGGCUGGCCUACCAGCACCGAGCCCGCCUGAAGACCCUGGAGCCUCUGAAGCUGAGCCGUGAGCAGCUGCUGGAGGUCAAGAGGAGGAUGAAGGUAGAAAUGGAGCGAGGUCUGAGCAAGGAGACUCAUGCCAGUGCCCCUGUCAAGAUGCUACCCACCUACGUGUGUGCCACCCCUGAUGGCACAGAGAAAGGUGACUUCCUGGCCUUGGACCUUGGGGGUACCAAUUUCCGGGUCCUGCUGGUGCGUGUGCGGAACGGAAAGCGACGUGGAGUGGAGAUGCACAACAAGAUCUACUCCAUCCCACAGGAUAUCAUGCAUGGCACAGGGGACGAGCUCUUUGACCACAUCGUCCAGUGCAUCGCCGACUUCCUUGAGUACAUGGGCAUGAAGGGCGUGUCCCUGCCUCUGGGUUUCACCUUCUCCUUCCCCUGCCAGCAGAACAGACUGGAUGAGAGCAUCCUCCUCAAGUGGACUAAAGGCUUCAAGGCGUCUGGCUGCGAGGGCGAGGACGUGGUCACCCUGCUGAAGGAAGCCAUCCACCGGCGUGAGGAGUUUGACCUGGACGUGGUCGCUGUGGUGAACGACACAGUCGGGACUAUGAUGACCUGCGGCUAUGAAGACCCUCACUGUGAAGUUGGCCUCAUCGUUGGCACGGGCAGCAAUGCCUGCUACAUGGAGGAGAUGCGGAACGUGGAGCUGGUGGAAGGGGAAGAGGGGCGGAUGUGUGUUAACACGGAGUGGGGGGCCUUCGGGGACAAUGGAUGCCUAGAUGACUUCUGCACGGAAUUUGAUGUGGCUGUGGAUGAGCUUUCCCUCAACCCUGGCAAACAGAGGUUUGAGAAAAUGAUGAGUGGCAUGUACUUGGGCGAGAUUGUCCGCAACAUCCUCAUCGAUUUCACCAAGCGUGGGCUGCUCUUCCGUGGCCGCAUCUCAGAGCGGCUCAAGACAAGGGGAAUCUUCGAAACCAAGUUCCUGUCUCAGAUUGAGAGUGACUGCCUGGCGCUGCAGCAGGUCCGUGCCAUUCUACAGCACUUGGGGCUCGAGAGCACCUGCGACGACAGCAUCAUCGUCAAGGAGGUGUGCACCGUGGUGGCACAGAGGGCAGCCCAGCUCUGUGGUGCAGGCAUGGCGGCGGUGGUGGAUAAAAUACGAGAAAACCGCGGGCUGGACACUCUCAAAGUGACAGUGGGCGUGGACGGGACCCUCUACAAGCUACAUCCUCACUUUGCCAAAGUCAUGCGUGAGACAGUGAAGGACCUGGCUCCGAAAUGUGACGUGUCCUUCCUCGAGUCAGAGGACGGCAGUGGGAAGGGGGCGGCUCUCAUCACUGCCGUGGCCUGCCGCAUCCGUGAGGCUGGACAGCGAUAGAGUCCCUGAAAUCGGACGGGACUUCCGGUUCCCCCUCCUUCCUGCUUUAAAUUAUAGAUGCCAUCCCCCGUGGCAGAGACAGACCCCUCGGCUUUUACUUGGCAGAGAGGACCCUAUCAGAUUGGGUUUUAUCUCUGUGUAUACUCACUGUAGAGUUUGGUGCCCAAGCCUUGGCCCUCCUGAGAUCAAUACAGUUUGAAGUAAGGAUUUGCUCACACCUAUCGCAACUGUUCCCAUUGGUUCUCUUAAAACUUAAAACAAAUUUUAACCUUUAGUAAUCCCGUUGGCCAAAUUCCACAUUCCUGUGUGAUCCUACAGGAUGGGGACAAUAAUGAAAACAUACAGUUGCUUCACCUGGGACCCUGAACACGACAUUUCUAGGUGGAGAAUGUCCCUGGCACGGAGAUUGAGACUGUUUUUCCUCUCAGAGAUCUAUGAGGUCUCCACUAACUUGAGCCUGAUUCUCCCACAGCAGAAGGUGGGGGAAGGAGGGGUGGCAAUAGGAUUCACCUUUGGCGGCCCCUCUUCAACCUCAUCUGCAAGCGUAUGCCUGGUGGGUUCCAGCAGAUGCUCUUCCUGGAAUGGAAGCAUCCUGAGUCUGAGCAAGCAAAACCAAAGCCAAGAGCUGAUACUUCCUGCCGAGUGGGCUUGUUGUCGCAUCUCCUUGUGGGUUCCUGAGUCAUCCAUGAGCAAUAGACCUUUGGGGGGAGGGGAACUUUUUGGUCUGUUUUUAAAAUUUUUCCUGAGAAGUGGAAACACUGUAUUUUCAUUUUAAUUUAUGUUUCAAAUUUGUUUCAUUCGUGAAGUACAUCUGCUCCUUCAUCUUGAUACUGUAUGUAGCAAUCAAUUGUAUGUAAUGUAUUUAUAUGUUAAUUUGUUAUGUAUAUAGAUACAUGGGGGCUCUUCAGACUUGGCCUCACUGGUAGUUCAGUGUAGUUAAAGGAUGGAAGGUGAAGAUACUGACUGCUUACUAAAAAUACCUCAUUCGCCUGCGGGAAGAGAAGAGAAGACUCUUCAGGGUGAGUGAGCGGCCGAGUAGCUCCUUCCCGGCUCCUCAUUUCCCUGCAGACUUGGACACUCGGAAGGCAGCUGCGAGGGAGGAAGUGAAGGAGGUCGGGCCUUUGGGUUGAAGAAACACAGCAACUGGCUGCUCUGUCCAGAGACUUUCCUGGGGCAAUAUUACACGGGAUGUUAACCAAAGGAAACUGAGAUCGUUUCAAACAGACUCACUGUUUAGGAAUCUUUAUUCUUAGGCAGCCAGGAGUCUUUUAAAGACAAGACAAAGGAAGCCACUAAAAACAUUUUUUAAAAAUUGUGUCUAACUGUUGAUAGCAAACCAAAACAAAACAAUGAAACAAUCAUACAAAUAAAACCUCAGGGACAACACUUUCGGUGGAUUCGUGCCCUCCUAGCAAAAUUGGUGUGUUUUGUAAAUGUUUUACAAGAAGUGUUGUCCGAGGCCUUCUCUAGGCUGAGCUGUUUUUUAUACUCAGUGUUUAUAUUUUAAACUGCUGGGGUUGGGGUGGGGGUGGGAGUGGCAUAAAACCCCUCCUUUUCAAAAGUGUAGUUAAUUCUGAAUCUGAAGACCCACAUCUGCCCUAAAAUGUGUACACUCACACACAUUAUACCUGAAUACUACACGAUAAAGAGGGAAUGGUCUUGUAACAUUACAGAGUAGGAUACAAAAAUCAAAAGAGCAAGAUGGAAAGACACGACUCAAUAGCACCCAAUUUUCUUUCUUUCUUUUUUUGUUGAGGAAGAUUCGCCCUGAACUAACAUCUGUUGCCAGUCUUCCUCUGUUUUGUAUGUGGACUGCCGCCGCAGCAUGGCCACCAACAGUGGUGUAGGUCCGUGCCCGGGAACCGAACCCAGGUCGCCGAAGCGGAGCACACCAAACUUAACCACUAUGCCAUUGGGCUGGCUCCAGUAGCAAACAAUUUUUGUACAUUUACACAACUUAUACUGAGAACAGUGUCUAGAUUGGUGUCUCACUAAAGGAUGGCUGAGGAAUAGAGAUGAACUUUUACUUUUAAACUUGGAAAUUAGGCACCAUUUAUGCAAUUGCACUCUUUUUAAAGGUAGAGCUGUGCGUGUGGCUAUGUGUUCUUGGCUUCCAGAAAGGAACGCCGGCAACUGCAUUUUGGAUGUUUGUGUUCUCACGAUUAGGUGACAGUUCCUUGCUGACGCUGCUUUGCCUGAUGUAAAUACAGUGAAUCUCAUCUCCAUCUUUGGGACGUUUUGAAUAGUGGGUCAUCUCAAAUCCUCACAUUCAGUCUAGUGAAGAUGUCUGUACAAUAAAGAACUAGUUGAAUUAACUAUGUGAUGUUAACUAUUAUUAAUAAAUUUUAACAUUUUUCAAAAUA